AUGAAUAGUAAUCAAUUGAAAAAAUUAUGUCUACCACAUGGUGUUAUAUAUAGUUUAUUGAGUAUAAUAAUUAUAUGUCUUACUAUAUUAACUAUUGUCUAUGCUAGUUUAUGGCGUAAUAAUCAAAUUAUUUCAAAUAAUUAUGCAGUUGAAAAUGGUAUUAUUGGUUCUCGUAUUAGUUUACCUAAUGAUGGUCAAUAUAUUCAAUGGAAUUUUUUACAAAUGAAUGAUGUUUAUGAAUUAUUACCACUUGAUCGAGGACGUAAAGGUGGUUUAGCUCGUGUUGCUUAUAUAAGAAAAUUAUUAAAAGAAGAAAAUUUUCAUACAUAUACAAUAGCUGCUGGUGAUUUUCUUUCACCAUCAGCAUUAAGUUUAUCAACAGUUAAUGGUACAAUAUUAAAUGGUAAACAAAUGAUUGCAACAAUGAAUAUUCUUGGUGUUGAUUAUAUGAUAUUUGGUAAUCAUGAAUUUGAUUUAACAGAAAAUGAUUUAAUUACACGUAUGAAUGAAUCAAUAUUUACAUGGAUUAAUACAAAUGUAUUUUAUCGUAAUAAUAAUCAAUUAUUUGGUUCAAGUAUAUCACAUAAAAUACUUAUUAUUAAUACAAUAAGAAUUCUUCUUAUUGGUUUAACUAUUGAUAGAACAAGUAAUUAUGUACGAAUAAUAAAUCAAACAUCAUUAAUUAAUUAUGUUAAAAAUUUUUUACAAACAUUAUCAAAUACAACAUAUGAUGUACUUGUUGCUAUAACACAUUUAGAUAUGUUAACAGAUAUUGAACUUGCAACAAAAAUUCCACAAAUUGAUCUUAUUAUUGGUGGACAUGAACAUGAUAAUUAUUAUUAUUUACGUGGAACAAAAUAUAUACCUAUUUAUAAAGCUGAUGCAAAUGCAUUUACUGUAUUUAUACAUCGUUGUGCUUUUAAUAUAAAUACAAAACGUUUUCGUAUAUAUAGUACAUUAAUACAAAUAACAUCAGAAGUACCUGAAGAAAUAAAUACAAAAAAAAUAGCAAAUUAUUGGUAUAAUUUAGGUAUUCAAGGUUUUAAAGAAUUAGGUUAUGAACCAAAUGCAAUUGUAUCAUGUUUACCAAUUGGUAUUGAAUUAGAUGGUAGAUCAACAUCUGUUAGAAGUUUUACAACACUUUUAACUACUGAAAUAUGUGAAAGUAUGUUACAAUUAACAAUAUAUAAUAAAACAACUAUUGGAAUUAUUAAUGGAGGUACAGUACGUAUUGAUGAUAUACUUCGUGAAACAAUAACACAAUAUGAUAUUAUACGUACAUUACCUUUUGAAAAUCAAAUUGUUGUUUUAUCUGUUCCUGGAUAUUUACUUGCACAAGUUCUUACUAAUGGUAUAUCUUUAAAAGGAAAUGGAAUGUUUAUUGCUUAUACAAGAAUUGAAACAUUUGAUGAUGGUAAAACAUGGUUAUUAAAUGGAACUGAUAUAUCAAAAAGUGGUUUUUAUUAUAAUGUAGCAACAACAGCAUAUAUACGAGAUUUUACACAAUUAAAUAAUACAGAUGUUAUUACUUUAUAUGAUACAAAUGUAACACAGACAAGAAGUUUAAUGGAUUAUUUAACAAUAAAAUAUCCUCCUUGUUAG